CUGGCUUCACGCCGCGCAUGCGUAUCUCUUUCACCACUUCGCUAUUUCCGUUUCGGUAUCUCGGAGACCGAAGACCGAGUAGCCGACGACCAUUUUGAUUGCUUGUUCUUUGCGAACACCUUCGAUUUAUGUGUUGCAUCUCUACUAAGCAGCUUAUCUAAACUUAAACAAUGGAUGGAGCACCAGGAGGUAGAGGUGGAUUUCGCGGCCGCGGAGGCCCUGGUGGAUUAAUGAGGGGACGCGGUGGUUUUGGAGACAGAGGAAGAGGUGGUCCUCCACGAGGCGGUAACAUGAUGCGCGGUGGACGAGGCAAUGGACCUGGUGGUGGCAUGAGAGGGGGUCCACCUAUGAGAGGCAGAGGUGGCCCUCCUGGCAGAGGUGGACGAGGUGGACAUUUUCCUCCAGGACCACCAGAAGGAGGAAUGUCCAGUGGACCUGGAGGUGGCCCACCACCCUUAGGAAUGGGUGGUCCUCCGCGAGGUGGCGGCGGAAGGGGUGGUGGAAAUAAUAGCUUCCGCAGUAGAGGUAGAGGUGACUUUGGCAGAGGAGACAGUCGCGGCGGUAGCAACAAUUUCCGAGGUCGCGGCAUGGACCGGGGUAGAGGAUCCAGAGGAUCAAGUAGAGGUGGACCAAGCCGUGGAGGUGGCUUCGGUGAUCGUGGUGGCCGAGGGGCUGGUGGACGCGGUGGUCCAACGAAACGAGGUGGCCCACCUAGCUCCAGUGGACCUUCCAAGAGGCCGCGCUUUGAUCAGCCGUCUUCCCAGUCAUCUAAUGGAUAUGCUACUCAACCACCUAACCAAGGCGGUUAUGGAGGUUCAAAUAAUGCUUAUGGCAGCCAACAACAACCACAGCAACAGCAAUCGGUAGGAUACGGUAGCGGUGGCUACGGCUCGCAACAAGGCUACACACAGUCUUAUCAGGGUUAUGAGAGCUACCAACAGCCCCAGGAUUAUGGGCAAACGGGUUAUCCUUCCGCACCAGAUAGCAGAUACGGCGGAGCGUCGUCGGUUCCGGCUACAGGAUUCAGUUCUAAUGAUCCCUACAGUUAUGGCAAAGCUCCGUCAUCAGCCAAUUAUCAGCAGGAGGCAGUGUCGAUCGCGGGACUGGGGGGCGGGGGCGAUUAUGCCUCUGCUGACCCAUACAACGACCGAUCUAAUGACAACAUAAUCAACCGGGGUGGUUACUCAACGCAACCUUACGAUUAUGCGAAUCAGGACGGUGUUUAUGGGAAACAGGACUAUGGUGGCAGUGCUGGUUACCAAAACGCCCAGUCUCAGCGACGUUAUUAAAGAUAUCCGUCACUUAAUUAAUAAUCAGUCCGCUAUCAUUAAAUUGUAGACAACAAUUUUCCCAAGCGUAACGUAGAACAGAUUGAAUCUGUCUCCUGUCAUACGAGAAAGAGAGAAUAAUCCUUUCUCCUUUUUUGAAACUGCGAGAUACGAUUGUUGAUGAAAGAACGAUGACAAUCGAGGAAUCUGGAAGCAAAAUGAUUUUUUUAAAACCAGGAACGAGUUUUUCUGAUUAUUGUACCUUCAAAGAUUUAUCUCAUUUUUUAUAAAGGUUAAUCUGACAUACGUGUACAUAGUAAACAUACGUAUGUAUAGUGUCGAAAAAAGUUGGGAAUUAAUAUUGUUAGAUACAUAUUAAAAUGAUGUCAUGAAUAUACUUCUUUCUUUUGUUGAGGAAAUUUUUUAAUCGUUACAUAUUCGAAGAAUUGUUUUAUUCUAAUUCUCGAUAGACUCUCAAUCUUUCCCUCCAUUGAUUCCCGGCUUUUUUGAGGCACUUUGCCGUGUCACUUUGCUUCCAAGAUUUUCCCACUCCCAUUUGCUUUGUCUUCGUCUCGUGCGCAUUGAAUGAAUUUGAUAUAGGAAAUACAUAUUUUAUAAAUGACAAUUGCAUAUUACACAAUAUAUUAUUUGACUACGUCGCUAUUAUGACAAUCUAGGAUUAAGAUUAUUAGUCCGUCGAGCGGCGUAAUUCCAUUUUGCGAUUAAAAUAAUAUAAUAACAGUAAUAACUAAAAAAAAAACGGCAAUGAAAACGACAACAUUGUUAGUAUUUUGUAGAUGGAAAAUUAUAAAUAAAUCUUUUUUGGUAGAAAGAAAUAUUCAAGGAAACGUUAAAUACAAUCACUUCUUGAUGUAUCUCGAUAAUCAACGGUUUUGGAUUAACUCAUAUUUGACGUUCAUAUUUAAAAUUAAAAAUAAAUUUUUUGAGACAGAAGAUUAUCUAUUUAAUAACUUAUUGUAAUAUUAUACUUAUUUGUCAAAAUUAUCAGUUAUUGUAAUUUUUUAUCAAUAUUACAUUUCAUCUGUUUUAUAAUUUAUGAUUAUAAAUAAUAAUUCUACAAUUUAACUUAGUAGGUAAAUAAUGUCGCAACCAUCGUCGAUAAUAAGUCAUUAGUAGUUAUCAGUGUAAUAUACUAGACAUUCGUCAAUUAACAAUUAAAUUAGUUGAACGAUUUUUCACAAAAGUAAACGCAAGAUGACAUUCGUUUUCUUUUUCUUGACAAUUUAGUUAUUUCUAAAAGAAAUAGAAAAUUUCUUUCUUCGACAAAUUGUUCACCCAGUUGAAAGAAAUCGAAUAAGAUAAUGAAUUGAAAUAAUUCAUAAUUAUACACAAUGUCUGAAUGCAUUAUUUUAUGUUAAUUAAUGAAACUCGAAUUAUUUGUACUGUGUUUAUUGUAUACGAUACGUCUUUUAUGAAUAACUAUAUAGCGCAUGUUGUUAUAUCUUAAUCAAUUGUAAACGAUCGCUCGAUAAAAAUGAAAGAAAUAUUGAAAAAACUGAAGAUCGAAAACAUCAA